GGCGUGCGCGCCCAGCAAUCAGCGCGGGCCACAAGAGCGCGGGAUCUCCCGUUUGAAUGCAGCUUCUGAUCAACGGUCACUCUGUUCCUGACCGCUCGGGCUUUCCAGAGGCACCAGCUGGGAUGCUGAAGCUGGAGCACUGUGUGAUUUUCCAGUGCCGGAAUUGCAACACUGUGCUGGCGGACUCCGUGCAGUACUGCGGCUCCAAUUCAUCGUUCAAUGUGCUGGUGUUUCUCGAUGUGAGUGACCAAUUGGCCCUGGAUCCCCACAUCUUAGUAGGCUCUGUCGACCCCACGUGUGAAUGCCUCCACAGGACCCUCUCCUGUUGCAAGUGUGAAAAGGCCGUGGGGUUUGUUGCUGUCUGCACCGCAUCAAGUCUGGCUCACCUGCGGGGACUGUACUGUCUGUUCAAGCAGAGCCUGCACUGUUAUGUGUUGCAGUCCAAUUCAAUGGUGGAAGUGUCAGACUUAAACCUGGAAUGUCCGAGUGUGACUCAGAUGUUAGGAGAGUUGAAGAAGGAGAUUGUGGUGGCUCAUUGUCGGCUGAUGGCAGCAGUGAAGAAGUUGGAUGAAUUGGCUGGUGAGGACAGUGGGCUGGCGUCCAACAUGCUAGACCAGGGUCAGGGACAACAGCCUCCAGGUGCAGCCCGGCGCUGAGCACAAUGCAGUCCCACCCGGAGUUUCCCUACCACACCUCUGCAAUUUACCCUGGUUUUGUUGCUUAUUUUGAUCAUGUUAUCUGCUGCCCAGAACUGUAUUAGGGGCUCAUGAAAAGUUCCUGUGUUUUCGGUGACGGUUCCACACUAAGGCAUGUGAGGCAGCAGAGACUGAGGAAGUGCCCUGUCGCUCUGUGAUCCCGGCACACAGCUCACUGCCUGUGUUCAGGUGUUGAGCAGCGCAGGACUGCAGCAUGUGUUUUUUCAAAGAACUGACUGACUGACUGGCUGGCUCAGCAAGUUGUGAAGGAAAGGCAUAAUCAGUGUGUAGUUUGGUAAUAAAUAUGUUACUUUGCAAAGUC